AUGACUGCCACUGAAUGUGUGCAAUUCUGCAACAAGACACAGGCGUAUCUUCAACUGCCCUUGUGUCGCUGUGGUUUGGAUGAGUCGUUGCUGCCCAUGACAGAGGAUCUCCGAGACCUCACGCAAGCCAUCCAGCAGCUCACUCUAGUCACACGUGAUCUUGCCUAUUUGACCGCAGCAGUGACAGUUCAACGUCUGGAUGCCUCCUCGAUGGAUUUCGAUUGCACCUUGGGUUUUCCCGGCGAAGGGCCAUCUAGCAUCAGUUCAUCCACGUCUUGGCUCCUCUAUGUGACAAAGCAUUUGGCUAAGAUGGGCAUUGCUUCUGCAGAGGGCCUUGGUACCGUGGAUGUGCUCUUCGGCACCUACUACACGGCAACUACCUCCUUGAUGCUCUUCAGCCCGCAGGUAGUUCAUGUGAUUCUAGCUGUUGAUAUUGACAUGAAGCGCGUGCUGACCAGUGUCACGCUGCCAGUAACCCUCGUGAACAUUCAGAUCAACUCGUUAAAUCACGAGCUCUAUGGAGCAGGUGCUGAUUUGACUGGACAGUAUGCCUACUACCACCUCUGCACCUCAACUAAUCUGACUCAGACGGUGAACGGCAUUACAACCAGACAGAUUUCCGUAGGUUGCACGUUGGCAGAGCUUGGGGAGCUGCCUACAGAGGUCAACUACCUGUACUUGCAGUCGGCUGCAAUCGACCACCAGAACAACUACGCGUGGUUUACGUACAAGGAGGAUGCGACAGGUCGUCCACGAAUUCUGGAGUACCACCAAGAUAGCCACGUGGUUAGAUAUGGGCACGCAGACAGUUUGCCUGAGAAUGCAGUUUUCUCAUCGCUCAUCCAAACAGCUCCUAGGAUUUUCUUUGCCCUGUUUCCUCCAAGUCUGCUCUAUGCAAGAUUCAAUGCAGCUGGAACGAAGCUUUUCUUGUCCUUUGAUGCAGCAACCCUCCGUGGCGCAGCCCCAAUUGAUACAAACGCGGAUGACAUUCCUGACUCCUUCAAUGAAGCUGACAAGGCCACCCGGGCACCAUGUGAGGACUUUAUCGACCAAUUCACCAUGACGCUCAUCCCGGGAAGCAUGUGCCAAUGGACGAGCGACGCAGACUUUUACAUUGAAAUUGACCAGUCGUGUACAGACCUGACCCUGGAUGGCACGCAGUCGCGCAAUCACGGUUAUCGGGGUACCUUUACGUGGGCACUGAGCUCGACAAACCCGGUGAAGCCAGAGCCCCACAUCCGCCAGCUGCAGAAGGUGAUUGAUGAUGAAAUGUUGGCAGCCCUUCCAGCCGAGCUCUUGGAGCUUUUGGAUUGCCUUCAACAGGGAGAAUGUUGGAGCUGUUGGAGCUUCGAGUGCAACGAACUUACUUUACAGUAUGUCCUGUAG